GUUUUAACCCAAACCUGACGGUAAAAUGAGGAAGCAGCAGUUUUAACCCAAACCUGACGAGCUGUAGUGUACCGGACACUGCAAACCGAACCCCCAGAACCGGGCCAGGAGAACAGAGUGUGUUAGAAACCCAGGACACAUCAUACAGACUUCAGCGGCACACGUCAGGCUGAUCUUCUUGAUGUAAAGUCUCCUGGCGUUAACGUGGACACAUGGCUUCAGUGGCUCUCCUGUUCUUUGGGUUGAUGUUUUCUGUACACACUGGAAAUUCUUUUGCGAGUCUGUUAAAACUGAAAUGUGAGUCUGCAGUAGGAGUCAUCAGUCAGAACACAAACAUCCCGUGCAGCAUUGACUCUCGGUAUAAGUCUGUUAUUCGCACAGUGUUUAUAAAGCGGAUUGGAGAGAAAAAACCCUGUUUCAUAUACCAACCACACGAGAACACAAUCACAGGAGACCCACGAUUUAAAGUUCUAGGUGGUUCAUCAUUACAGCUUCAGAACACUGCCAUCUCAGAUGAAGGUGCAUAUAAAUAUUUCAUCAGCACCACUGUGGGCUGGGAUACAAUGAAAUUCACAAUCAGUGUCACAGAAGAAGGAGGGAGCAACUUAUACCUGGAGAGAAAAGAAGAUCAUAAAACUGAAAUCAGUGUUACAUGGACCAUCAUUAUUGUCGUGGUGGUGAUUGGGUGUCUCAUCAUCAUACUCCUGGUAGUUCUCUGGUUCACACGAAAGUACCUGCACUCGUUAAGAAAAGCAAAGUCUAUGGAAUUACCCUGGAACUUCUCUAAACCUGCUGAUGUUGAUGAGAAAUUCGCACUGAAUGAACCUGUUAAUAAUCCAUAUAAGAAGCAGCUGAUGCCUGAAGAGAAUGUGACAGAGUCUCGUCUGAUUUUAUGAAUCGUUCUGUAAAAGCUUUAUUACAUGACGCUGAGUUUACAGACACAAUCAUCACAUCUUCUUUUAAAAUUCUUUCUCUUUAUAGAAGUUUAUAGAUGUGAUGAUAAGACAGGAUGCUCGUAUCUGUCACACAGUUUUAAUAUCGGAGCUUUGUUUCCUGAGUGGGAUGCUGUUAUUCUGUAGAUAAACAUUAAUGAUCAAUAAUAUAAAGUUUAGUGUGUGGAGGUUUUUUGUUUUUGAAGUAUAAAGAAAAGGUUUUUAUGUUUAAAGGUGCUUUUUAAUGGUAUUAUUUGUUUCCUGUACUGAUCUGAGUUGAUCUGGGUUCAUUCUAAACAUAAUCAUAACUCUUUUUGGAAGUCUUCGAGUCGUAACCUCCUGGUAGAAGUAGCUCAGAUAUGGCUUAAAUAAACUUCAUACUUAAAGACGUUCAUUAAGAAAUUCAUAACACCAGCAUUCACCAUCAGACCCACAAAACAGUGUUUUACAGUUUACUCAGCAGUUACAUGUAUUUUAUUUUGUAUUAUAUAUAUAUAUACAGAAUAUUUUACUGUAAAAAAGAUGACUGUAUAAUGGUAUUUUUUUUAUCUCAAAUAUUUUUCUUCAGUCGA